AUGGAGGAUGAGGAAGGCUACACCACUUUAAAUUUACGACCCCCAGCUUCAGUCCUUACUCCCAGAUAUUCAAGCAGCAACAAAUAUUCUGGAUUUGAGGCUCCAGCCAGAUGUGUUACAGUAGACAGAACCUCUGCCUCCUCUUCCAUCUGGAAGCUAGUGGCUUUCGUUUUCCUUGCUCUGUGCCUGGUGCUGCUGCUGGGGCUAGUAGCCCUGCUAGCCCUGUUUUUUCAGGCUUCCAAGGAUCCUGAGGAAGGGAAGAAGCUGCAGGAGAUGAGAAAAGCCUUGUGUUUUGAAGUGAAGGAGAAACAUGAAACAAAAUGUGUUGUCUGCCCAGUGAGCUGGCAAAGUGAUGGAGGUGACAACUGCUUCUACAUUUCAAAGCAGAAGAAAACAUGGAAGGAAAGCCAGGAAUUCUGUUCCUCAAGAAACGCCACUCUUCUUGUGCUCAAAGACAGAGCAAAGAUGGUUUCUCUGCCAAAGGAUUCCCAGUUCUACUGGGUUGGAUUGUCACACAUGUCUGAAAAGAAUGGCUGGUACUGGGAAGAUGGAACAGCAUUUUCCAAACAAGAGACAAACUGGGUUGUUCUCUAUGACAACAUCUUCUGUGCCUCCAUUUAUGGCCAAAUUAUCUAUGGCAGCAACUCCUGCUUGACAAAGCAGUUGUGGAUCUGUGAGAAAGUGGCUGUUGAGUUCCCCUGA